CAACUUAUAUCCACCAAACUUUCAACUUGUUCCUCCCAUAAGUAACCAUGUCAAAGAUUAACGACAACGGUGCAUCUGACUCAUCGGCAACUAGGCGUCUUCCUACUCCAGGAAAAGCCACCGUGCUAGCAAUCGGCAAGGCCUUCCCAAGCCAACUCGUUCCACAAGAUUGCUUGGUUGAAGGCUAUUUCCGUGACACAAACUGUGCCGACUUCGCUAUGAAAGAGAAGCUGGCACGCUUGUGUAAAACAACUACUGUCAAAACCAGAUACACAGUUAUGUCAAAGGAAAUCCUUGACAAAUAUCCAGAACUAGCAACAGAAGGCUCAGCAACUAUUUCUCAAAGGCUCACCAUAGCAAACCAAGCUGUAACCGAGAUGGCAAAAGACGCUAGCUUAGCCUGUUUCAAACAAUGGGGAAGGCCUGCUGAAGACAUCACUCACAUAGUCUAUGUUUCCUCAAGCGAAAUCCGGCUUCCAGGAGGUGAUCUUUACCUUGCUAGCGAGCUCGGGCUGAGAAAUGAUGUUAACCGUGUAAUGCUAUACUUCUUGGGAUGCUAUGGAGGCGUUACAGGCCUUCGAAUUGCUAAAGAUAUCGCGGAAAACAACCCUGGAAGCCGAGUGUUACUGACCACUACCGAGACUACCAUUUUAGGGUUUCGCCCACCAAACAAGUCCCGUCCUUAUGAUCUAGUUGGAGCUGCUCUCUUUGGAGAUGGAGCCGCUGCCGCUAUUAUCGGGGCGGAUCCAAUAUCCCAUGUUGAGUCACCAUUCUUGGAACUUAGCUAUGCAGUGCAACAGUUCCUCCCAGGGACUCAUAAUGUGAUCGAUGGAAGGCUUACGGAAGAGGGAAUAAACUUCAAACUUGGACGGGACUUGCCCCAAAAGAUCGACGAUAACAUCGAAGGGUUUUGCAAGAAGUUGAUGGAGAAAUGUGGAAAGAACUUGGAGGACUUUAACGAUUUGUUUUGGGCGGUGCACCCUGGCGGUCCGGCAAUAUUGAACCGAUUGGAAAGUACAUUGAAGUUAAGAGGGGAGAAGUUGGAUUGUAGUAGGAGGGCUUUGAUGGAUUUUGGGAAUGUGAGUAGUAACACUAUAUUUUAUGUGAUGGAGUAUAUGAGGGAUGAGUUGAUGAACAAAGAGAAUGCAGAAGAAUGGGGGCUUGCUUUGGCUUUUGGCCCUGGGAUCACUUUUGAAGGCAUUCUUUUACGAAGCCUCAAUUAACUCUCUUUACUAUACAAGUAUUGAUUAAUCAUUACAAGUUGGUAAUAUAUAGUUCUUAUGUUAUAAGAAUGUUU